AUAAAAGAAUUAUUUGAAGUUCUAAAAUGGUACGCAUCAUGCUAUAAAAUUACUUUUAUUUCUCCGAAAAUGCAUGUCAUUCUCAAGUUUUGAUUUCCCAGUUUAUGUCUAUUCAUUCAGAGGAAAAAAUGUUUCGUUUCAUGUAGAAUCUUAGAAAAUCGCCAAGAUUAUGGUAUCAAAUAUUUUAUAUGCAAUCCCACUGCUCCUUGGAUUAUUAUUUGUAUUCAUUGUAGGUCUUUGCUCAUUCAAAUUAAGUGAACAAAAUAAACUGAGAAAGAUAAGAAGACAGGAACUAAGCUAUCGUACUUUUAUAAGUACUGAUCUAUAAGUAAUUUCUGGUUUGAAAAAUCAACGUAAAUAUUGUGCUCAAUUCUUUAACGAUUUUUUCUUGUGAUGGAUGAACUCACUCUUGAUCUUUAUGAAACACGCCUACCUUGAUCUUUAUUUUGCAACAGUAACAGAUAGCGCCUAAAGUUUCAACAAUUCCGAUUACCGUGAACAUUGUAUCCAGAUCUUCAACGAUUUUUUUCUUGUGAUUGAUGAACUCACUCUGGACCUUUAUGAAACACACCUUCCUUGAUCUUUAUUUUGCAACAUAGCGUCUAAAGUUUCAACAAUUCCGAUCACCGUGAGCAUUGUAUCCAGAUCUUCAUCGAUUUUUUCUUGUGAACUCACUUUUGAUCUGUAUGAAAGACGCCUACCUUGAUCUUUAUUUUGCAACAGUAACAGAUAGCGCCUAAAGUUUCAACAAUUCCGAUCACCGUGAACAUUGUAUCCAGAUCUUCAACGAUUUUUUUCUUGUGAUUGAUGAACUCACUCUGGACCUUUAUGAAACACACCUUCCUUGAUCUUUAUUUUGCAACAUAGCGUCUAAAGUUUCAACAAUUACGAUCACCGUGAGCAUUGUAUCCAGAUAUUCAUCGAUUUUUUCUUGUGAACUCACUUUUGAUCUGUAUGAAGCACGACUACCUUGAUCUAUAUUUUGCAACAGUAACAGAUAGCGCCUAAAGUUUCAACGUUUCUGAUCAUCGGGAACAUAGUGUCCAAAUCUUUAAUGAUUUUUUCUUCUUGUGACUGAUGAACUUACUCUUGAUCUUUAUGAAACACGCCUACCUUGAUCUAUAUUUUGCAACAGUAAGAGAUAGACCUUAAAGUUUCAAUAUUUCCGAUAACCAUGGAUAUCGUGCCCAGAUCAUCUACCUUUAUUUUUCUUGACAGAUGAUUUCACUAAUGAUCUUCAUGGAACACGAGCAAUGGUUCGUGAUAAUUCCUCUGAACCUUUUACAACAUUAAAUUUGACAAAAUUUUCUGCGGAGCCUAAAUCGUUGAUGGGCAGUACAGAAGUUGCAUCUUCCGUUAAUUACACAAUUAUUUUUGUUGCUGUUGCUGUUUUUACAAUUCUCUACUUGAUUUUUUGGUACUAUUGUUUAAAAUGUUGCUGCUAUUCCAUCAGACAGUGCAUUGAUAAUAAAACCAUCACUCGAGGAGACGUCCAUGAAUCUCCACCGCAACCAUCUACCACAUCUGGAAUAAACAUACGGAAUCACCGCGUUACCUCAGAUGAAUCCCCGCUCAUAGUGUCACAUCAUGAAGUUGCACCACACUCUCAACGGCUUCCACCGUACGAUCCACCACGAUACGAUCAGAUCUUUGUAACAUCAUAUCAACGUCAUUAUCAAGAAUGGGAUCAACAGUUGCAACAAAACUCAGACAUAGGGGUGUCUAAUGCUUCUGUUUACAAUAGAAUUUCACCACCACCACCUUACGAAGAAUGCUUAAGAACCUAAACAGAACAUGUCUAUGAAUGUACAUUAAGAGCAUGUCUAUGCACGUACAGGGUGGGGUAAAUAAAAGUGGCCCUGGAGAACAGUGUUCCACGCAACAAAGAAGAGCAGCAAAGGAAAGUAAAUAUUUCACUAACAUGCCAAAGAGCAGAUGUUGUAAGCGACCUCCAUUCAUUUCUUGGCAUUAUUUGGACCCUGGUCAACAAGUUGUGGAAGGCAAAUCGAAGCUUAGCAUCUGGAAUAGCUGCAAUCUCUCGUCAGAAACGUUUUUCCUGCCUUACUUGUAGACUAAGAAAGUUGUUGCAGUACCCCUUAUUUGUAAUACUCGAGGUUUCCUCACAAAACGAAAUUGUUUACUGACAAAACAGUGGUGUGAUUACUUGCAUGUAUUCAAGAUAAGUCGUAUUCUCGCAUCCGGCCACUUUUAUUUGCCCCAUCCUGUAUAUUCAAACUACGGUACAACUUAGAGGAUUGUUUAAAUGUAUUCUUAGUAUUCUUAUCUUGAUAUUUGUAUUGCCCGACCUGUAUAUUCAAACUACGGUAAAACUUAGAAGAUUGUUCAAAUGUGUUCUCAUCUUGAUAUUUGUAUUGCCCCAUCCUGUAUAUUCAAACUACGGUACAAUUUAGAAGAUUGUUUAAAUGCAUUCUUAUCUCGAUAUUUCUAUUGCCCAUCCUGUAUAUUCAAACUAUGGUACAACUUAGAAGAUUGUUUAAAUAUAUUCUUAUCUCGAUAUUUGUAUACUGGAUUUACAAUGACAUCACUUCAGAGAUAAUAAAAAAAAAUUUAGAUGUA